AGCUUCAAGUAGAGGGAUGGAGGGGUAGGUGCAUUGGAGGAGGGAGGAGUGGAGAGAGAGAGAGAAAUAGAGAGAGAGAGAGAGAGAGACUUUAAAAAGCAGAUUAAAGCAGAUUACACAUCUCAUUCUAGAGGAAUCACACACACACUGUUUGGACUAUGGCUUCCACCACCUCCGGGGACGUCCUGCCCACCGGCUGCAGGAUCUUCACCUCCGUUCCCGACAUCUUCUUCCUCCCUGAGUUUGUGAUCGGAGGUCUGGUGUGGAUCCUGGUGGCCUCGACCCGCGUGGUGCCUGACAACCCUCUGGGCUGGGUGAUGUUCGUGUCCGUCUUCUGCUUCGUCUUCACUACGCUCUGGUUCUUCAUCUUCAUCUGUGGAGCCAAUCAGAGCAGCGUCUGGCCCUCCCUGGAUGUGGGUUAUCAUUUUGUCGCGGUGGUUUUCUACCUCAGUGCGUCGGUGGAUUUGGCGUACAUCACCUUUCUGUGGGGACAAGUGUCUUUUCUCUCGGCUGCUGAUCUCAAAACCUUUCGACUGGAUAUUGCUGCAGUGGUGAUGUCCUUUGUGGCCACGCUCCUCUACUUCCUUCACGCCAUUUUCUCGGCCAUCCGAUGGAAGAGGUCCUGAAACCAAAGCCAGAAGAACCGAGCUGAGCUGCCAGCUCCUCACUGAACCAUGGUUAUUCUUUUGUUCUUUUUUUAUUUUAUUAUUAUGCUUUUGAACUAAUGCGGGAAAUCAUUAAAUGAAUGAGAGGAAAACAAGCAGGAUGAGGAACUUUUUCAAAUAUGAAUUAAUAAGAGCACAUGUGGCCUAACCAGUCAAACAACCAGGCAAUCAAUCAAUCAAUCAAGAAAAUGGCCGAUCUCAGAAUAUGAUUUAAAAGAGUCAGUAAUGUCCCUUGACGGCGGAUGGGUGUAGAUUCAAACUCAGAUCUAAUCACAUGUUCACAAGCAGCUUUUCAAACUAUGUGACGUGAACUCGUCUACGUAGAAAUAUGCUUCAUAAAUCAAACUUAUUAUUGUUAUUGUUAAGAUAACUUGAUGAGGACAUAACAAACUUGUGCUGUUAUUUUCAUCAAAUUAAGUCAAAUUAUAAAAACAGCAGUGCCUUUACUUUUUUCACUUUUUAUAAUCUUCUGUUUAUUUUCACACUUUUUAUAGACUUGCUGUAUUUUCACUGUUUUCAUGAAGACGUAUGACGGAUCAAUGAUGAAGUUUUGGAAGUAAAAUUUUCUACAAAUCCAA